ACGGAGAGGAAGAGAAGUGUGCUAGUUGGUUGCUUUUAAGUUAAUUUCUAGUAUGAUGCUUUAGUUGAUUUUCUGGUUGUAAUGCUUGUUGAUUUUGCUUUUAUGAUUGUUUUUGUGUUAUUGUUAUUGGCCCUGUAGAUGCCGUUAUUUUUAGCCAUUUGCAACUAGUUGCAACUUAUUAUACAACUAAACGUAAUUUUCAAAAAAAAAAAUUCAAAGUUGCAUUUGUGGUUGCAUAUAUGGGUGCUAGCAGUUGCAGAUAUGGUUGCAUAUGCAACCUCCGUGUUUUUACAAAUAUAUCUUGAAAUAUAGUAUUUUUGUAAUUUGUUUUAAAAAGUGACAGUAAUUUUCCAAAAGAUCAUUUAGACUUGGAUAUUUAUGAAAAAAGUCCUAAAUAUUUAUAUUUUAAAUCAAACAUUGACCCUUAUCUUGUCAUAAUAUUUUUAAGAAUAUAUUAUAAAAAAAGUUGAGUUGCAUCUUAGUGAACCAUUAAGUAUAUUAAAUUAAAACAUUAUUCUUGUAAUUGUAAAAGAGCAUGGUGAUAUUUUUAGAUCAAACAUCAUGGAUUAUAAAAUAUUAAGAAGAUUAAACUAAAAUUCACGUGUUGAUGCUAGUUUCACGCAGGGGCUUGACUUGUUAAAGUCUUAGAUUAGAUGAUCAUACAACUGCUUCACUAGAAUAUUGGCAUAAAAAAUUCUCCCAUGCGUAUAUAUAUGUUACACAGUUAGACGACUAAAUAACAAACCUGCGCAGUGGCGGAACCAGGACUUAGAUUUAGGGGGGGCUCAAACAAUGUUGUUCACGGGUCAUUCGGGUACUAGGUACGGACGAUCGGGUACGUAAAAUGCCAGUUGUUAUGAAUCGGGUACGAUGACCAGCGAAUCCGGUUCGCGAUUCGAUAUCUUGAUCUCUUUUAGUGAUUUUUCACUAACAAUAUAUAGUCUACUUAUGAUUUCAUGAUUAAAAUAUUUAUUUUACCCGAAAAUAGAGAAGUAAGUUAAUCAAAAAAUGAAUUUUAAGGUUACUUAAUAAAUGAUAAGGACCUUCAAUACAUAUUUAUAAGGGGAUCUAAAUCUUUUUUGUAAAAAGGCAUGUCUCGUGUGUCUUUUCUUUCAUCUGUAUCAUCUUCUCAGCUCCUUUCUUUUCUUAUUUCUUUUACUAAAGUACGUUUCUAAAAACAAUUUCAAUCAAGAUAGUGUCAAGUUAUCUUCCUUUGUAAUAUCGCUUACGUUAAAGGUGGAUCGCCAAAGUCAGCGAACUCGAACGUGAUCCCUGGUGAUCCAGGUCGAAGUGGAAUCAUGUUCGAGAACAUUUUAGAUCGAUACUUUUUAUCUAGAGUGCAGGAGCAUUUCUUAAGAUUAUACAAGCUGCUAGAAGAGGGUCCAUGCACAUUUUAACAUAUAAGAAGAAUAAUGUAAUUAUGUGCAAAGUCUUUUGAAAACAACUAAGUGACCAUCAUAAUUCAAAAGAACAAAUGUAAAAUAGUUCAAAAUUCAAACUCUAAUUCUUGAGAAAUCCAGAACCCUCAAUUAACAAUCUUUUUACACAAAAUCACAACAGAUACGAAAAGAUUAAAGAAUAACAAUUUAUCCAAGAAUCAAUCAAAAUAUCAUACCUUGAAAUUUGGAAAGCAAGUCUCUCUAUAUCUAUAAUCCAACGGGGGCUAAAAAAAAUUAUAUUGACAUCUCAAUAACUUAGGGGGGGCUGAAAAAAAAAUAUACACUAUUUUUUCAAGUUCAGGGGGGGCUCUAGCAUCCCCUAGCCCCCCUCUGGUUCCGCCACUGAACCUGCGUAUACAUAUGCGUGUGCAGUUAUGAGGUUAGUUAUAAAAUCUAUCUACAAGUAACAAAGUAAAGGUCUGAAAAUGAUAAGAUGAUCACUUUGCAACUAGUUGAAUCAAAAUAACUUCCUAUUCGAUCUUUGUAUUUUAUCGAUGGAGGAGGCUAAUUGGUAGUCAUUAACAAGCUAGCCUCGUCUCGCAUAUAUACAAUACAAUACUCGCCCGAAAUGAAAUUGAUCACUGGUUUUGUAAUUGCUUUCUUACUUGUCGUCGUGUCUUGUCAGCUCCAGACUCCAGCUUUAGCAAUUAAAAAGUCUUAUAUAGUAUACCUGGGAGUACACGAUGCCCCGGAAAUCAAUCUACCUGACGCUGAGCUUCAUCAACGCCGAGCUCACUCACACCACCGCUUUCUUUCCUCUUUCUUGGGCGGGAGCCUAGACAAGGCCAGAGAGGCCAUAUUUUACUCGUAUAAUAAGCAUAUUAAUGGCUUUGCUGCUCUUCUUGAGGAGAACCUUGCAACCCAAAUGGCUAAGCAUCCAAAUGUGGUCUCUGUUUUCUUGGAUCAAGGGAGAAAUCUUCACACAACACAUUCAUGGGAUUUUCUUUUACUCGAAAAGGAUGGAGUCAUUAGAAGUAGUUCCCUGUGGGAAAAGGCUAGAUUUGGUGAAGAUACCAUCAUCGCAAAUCUUGACACGGGCAUUUGGCCCGAGUCUGAGAGCUUUAGCGGACAUGGAUAUGGUUCGAUUCCAGCAAAGUGGAAAGGAAAUUGUGGUGGAAUUCCUUGCAAUAAUAAACUAAUUGGAGCCAAGUAUUACAACAAAGCUUACAAACGGUAUACGGGAAGGUUUAAUGCUUCUUUAAACACAGCUCGUGAUUAUGAAGGGCAUGGAACCCACACAUUGUCAACAGCUGGUGGAAAUUUUGUGUCUGGAGCAAAUGUAUCAGGUCACGGGAAUGGAAUUGCAAAAGGGGGUUCGCCAAGGGCCCGAGUGGCAGCAUACAAGGUUUGCUGGCCUCCAGUGAAUGGAAGUGAAUGUUAUGAUUCUGAUAUCAUGAAAGGCAUUGAUACAGCCAUACACGACGGAGUUGAUGUUCUUUCUGUAUCUUUAGGCGGAAAACCUUCUGACUACUUCAGUGAUGGAAUUGCUAUUGGGGCUUUCCAUGCUGUCAAAAAAGGUAUGGUGGUGGUAUGUUCAGCUGGAAAUGAUGGACCAGCUUAUAGAACAGUAUCAAAUCUUGCACCUUGGAUAAUAACUGUUGGAGCAAGCACUACUGAUCGUGUUUUCGAAGCUUAUGUUCAGCUAAGCAAUGGCCAGCGCCUCAAGGGAACAAGCCUUAGUAAACCCAUGUCAGAAGGCAACUUUUACCCACUUAUUGAUGCAGCGGAUGCUACAUUAGCCAACACAUCUGCAGAGAAAGGGAGGCUUUGUAUGCACGGAACACUGGAUCCUAAAAAGGUGAGUGGCAAGAUAGUCGUGUGCUUGAGGGGGCAGACAGCAAGAGUGGCCAAGGGUGAAGAAGCUCGUAAUGCUGGUGCUGUGGGAAUGAUUCUUUGUAAUGACGUUGCCAGUGGUAAUGAUAUUAUUGCUGAUCCUCACGUCUUGCCGGCAUCCAACGUCAAUUUCACUAAUGGUCUUGCCAUCUAUUCUUACCUCAAUUCUACCAAAGAUCUGAAGGGAUAUCUUGUUCCUUCUUAUACACAUUUGGACACGAAACCUGCUCCCUUCAUUGCUUCUUUCUCUUCCAAGGGUCCGAACGUUGUCACACCUGAAAUCCUAAAGCCAGAUAUAUCUGCACCAGGAGUCAGCAUAAUCGCUGCAUACUCUCAAGGAACAAGCCCCACAGGUUUAGCAUUAGAUAAGCGAAGGACUGCCUUUAAUUCAGAGUCCGGGACCUCCAUGUCUUGUCCUCAUGUUGCUGGACUUGUCGGCCUCCUCAAAACACUCUACCCACACUGGAGUGCAGCUGCAAUCAGAUCUGCAAUCAUGACGACAGCCAGAACAAGAGAUAACACAGGUCAUCCUGUACGCGGUGAUUUUAACAGGGAAGCGUCUCCUUUCAGUUAUGGGGCUGGGGUAAUACGGCCAAAUCGUGCCAUCGAUCCCGGCCUGGUCUAUGACUUGUCUAUGAACGACUAUCUGGACUUCCUCUGUGACAGUGGCUAUAACAGCACAAUGAUGAAGAGAUUCUCAGAGCACAAGGAUUAUAAAUGUCCUCCUCAGAGUGGCGGCGGCUUUAAUCUCCUCAAUUUUAAUUACCCUUCCAUAAGUAUUCCUGGGAAGCACCUUAUCAACAAUAGUUGCAUGGUUACGGUGACUAGAACACUGAAGAAUGUUGGUAAGCCAGGAACAUACGCUGCUCGUGUUCGUCAACCAUCAGGUUAUUCCGUGGCUGUGGAGCCCAGUGUUAUAACUUUUCAAUAUAUUGGUGAAGAGAAGCGUUUCAAGUUGAUUGUUGAAGCAAAAUCAUGCAACCUCAACAGCAUAUCAGAAAGUGAAGGGGCCUACACUUUUGGAGUGUUGAUAUGGUCCGAUGGCAAACACUAUGUGAGGAGUCCUCUUGUGCUGGCUGCUGCUCCUCCUCCUCCUCAUGUGGUGGCUGCUGCUGCUGCUCCUCCUCCUCACCAGAGCCAGGAGUAGUAGUUUCCUCUGCUGUCUGCACCGCACGCUCUCAGCCUUUUUGCAGCCCGCAACGCCCAACACUAAAUUAGAGGCCGUGUUUGUUUCGGAUCAAUGCUCAGUUUCUCACUAGUCACUUUUUUCUUCAAAUUCAUAAGUUAAAUGAAACGUCAAGUUGAAAUUUCUGCC